AUGCUUGGUCGAAUCUCGCUCCCACUCAAGUCCGUCGCAAGGCGCGGCAUUAGCAGCAGACGGCAUGCAUCCACCAAGACCAUACGAGAGGCACUCGAAGAGGUCAUCCCGGCAAAGCAGGCUCGGUUGAAGCAGCUUAAAGCGGAGCACAGUCAGACGGUUAUAGGUGAUAUCAAGGUGGAGCACGUAAUAGGCGGCAUGCGCGGCCUCAAGUCCAUGCUCUGGGAGUCGUCCGUCCUGGACCCGAUGGAGGGUAUCCGGUUUCACGGUCUCUCCAUUCCCGACUGUCAGGACGUGCUCCCUGCAGCCCCUGGAGGCAAGGAGAUCAUCGCCGAGAGCAUGCUCUGGCUGCUCAUGACCGGCAAGGUCCCGACGGAAGCCGAGACCCGCCAGCUCUCGCGCGAGCUCGCGGAGAGGGGCGAGCUGCCGAAUUACGUCGUCCAGCUCAUCGACUCGCUGCCACAGUCGUUGCACCCGAUGACGCAACUGGGCAUGGGCGUCGCGGCGCUGAACAAGGAGAGCAAGUUUGCGGUAGCGUAUGAGCAGGGGAUCAAGAAGACCGAGUACUGGACGUAUACCCUUGAAGACAGCAUGAACCUCCUAGCCCGGCUGCCUGCUCUCGCCGCGAGGAUAUUCCGCAAUGUGUACAACCCUGGCAAACCGAUACCGGGGGUCAGCAAGGACCUCGAUCUUGUUGGCAACUAUGUGAAUAUGCUUGGAUAUGGUAACAACCAUGACCUGACGGAGUACCUCCGACUGUACAUCGCCCUGCACGGUGACCACGAGGGCGGAAAUGCGUCCGCUCAUACGGCUCAUCUCGUCGGGUCGACACUCUCAGACCCCUACCUCGCGUACUCCGCCGCCCUCUUCGCACUCGCCGGCCCGCUGCACGGCCUGGCUAACCAGGAGGUUCUCCGAUGGCAGCUGAACAUGCAGAAGGAGAUCGGCGACAACGUCUCACACGACGACAUCAAGAAGUUUCUCUGGCGGACGCUGCAGAGCGGCCAGGUCGUGCCUGGCUAUGGCCAUGGCGUGUUGAGGAACCCGGACCCUCGCUUUAUGGCCCUGCAGAAGUUCUGCGAGGCGAGGCCAGAGUUGUUGGAGGACCCGGUGAUCCAGCUCGUCAGGAAGACGUACGAUGUCGCUCCGGGUGUGCUGAAGGAGCACGGCAAGACGAAGAACCCAUAUCCUAAUGUCGACGCUGCAUCGGGAUGUGUGCUGUACCAUUACGGUCUGACCCAGUUCAAGUACUACACCGUCAUAUUCGGCGUGUCGCGAGCUCUGGGCUGCCUCACCCAACUCGUGUGGGCACGAGCUCUCGGCUUGCCCCUCGAGCGACCAAAGUCGCUGUCUAUGGACGUGAUCGACACUCUCGUCAAGAGCUCAUGA